AUGAGUGAGGAGGUUCAUGCCCGGCGGACGGAAGACAGAGUCAAGGUUCUGGAAGAGAAGGUUGACAGAAUGCGCCAAGACUUUGAGUAUGGCCCCGCUGUUCAGGCAGCCUUCCAGGCCGGCGAAUCGGCAGGUGCGGAGGCGGAGCCUCACUUCCUGCCCAGAAAAGGCUUCGGCAUGCUUCAGUUUCAGCGCAGCAGCACUGGUCUCACCGAUGACUGCAUCGAGGCCCUCGUGGCCAAUCUCACGGCCUUGGAUGGCCUUGGUGCCGGGGACCUGGCCCGGCGCCUGAACCGCGCAGAGGAGCGCUUGGAGGCUUUGGCAGUCUCGGUCGCACAGGCAGUCCAGCUGUCGCGGGAAGGAUUAGAGUUGCUUCGGUACGUCCUUUCAGGGGAGCGCCCUGAGAGCAGGCUUCCCGCUGACACAACAUCGCAGCCCUCGCAGCCAUCGCAGGAUGUACAGCAGAGCGUGCCUCCCACGCCAACGGCUUUCUUGCCAAAAUAUUUGAGUGAUCCGCCCACGGCGCUGACAGCUGUAAUGGAGGAGGCGACGGCAUCCACCGGCUCCUAUCGAAGGAGACCUCAAUCUGCCGCGUCCGCUGUUACCGGAGAUGAGUCCAUCGCUGCCCCUGACCUUGACCCUGACGCUGGUGUCAAGUUCAUCGAGGUGUCGCUACAGCGCUCUGCAGCACAGCCCUCCUGGGGGUUGCUCUGGGACAGGAAGUGCUUCGACAAGAAGAGGCGCGUGGUAGAGGCUGUCGUGCCACAAAGCCCGGCGGGCAUGUGGAAUCAGGAGCGUGCCGAGAAGGGCGAGGAUUUCUUACAGCGCGGGGAUGAACUCAUCAAACUGAAUGGCAAGCUUGGAUGGGAAGCAUGCUCAGAUCUCACGAAUCAGCAAAAUGUGCAACUGCUCUUCAAGCGGUCAGCAGAGCAGGACAGGUCUGGCAAGGGCCGCCGCAGCAGCAAGCAGGCGCCACGGCCAACAGCACCUGCUGAGGCUGUCAGCUCCUUGACAGAGACGCAGAGGAUGCGGGUUUCGGCAGAGGCGAGAGGCAAGUCGAGGCAGUCGCUUUCCUCUGCCUCCUCUCCCUCCAAAGCCACAGGUACGGGUGGCAGCCUCAACAGCAUGCCACACACUCCAUCCACUGGUGCCAGUCCGGCGAGCCCCGAGCAACUGCCGUUACAGCGGUGCGCAUCGCCGCCCGUGAAGUCGCAAGACUCCGACCCACAGAACACGAUCCAAGUGCUUCAGGCAGCACUUGCAGGCGGAGGCGGAGGCCACGCAGUGCCCAAGGACCUCCACGUGGAUCUGCAGGCGCACGCGCCAUCUUCUGAGAAGCUUCAGGGCGUCAACCCCAUAAUGGCGACGAUCAUGGCUCACUCCAGGUCUGUGCGAGCUGCAGAUCCUGGCAAGGCGAGUCUCAUCAAUCCUCCGGCUGAUGAUCUGCAGCGGCUCGCAGGGCAUCUGCUCGCUGGCGAGGCAGGACCUGCGAUGACACUGGUUAUGUCCAUCCUGCAGAAGAGCGUGCAAGGCCCCGAUGGCCGAGUGACCCUCGUGGCCGCGGACCAGACAGAGGCUGCGCAGUAUCUCCUGGACCUGUUGAAGCUCCUGGAUUCGCAGCAGACUGCGCCGCGGGCAAAGUGA